UCGCGACUUUAUGGUCCCCCUUUUUUUUAAUUCUUUUACUCGCGUGGUGCUAACACUGUAACGUUUAAAACAAGAACCGCGGCAGAAGGCCUGGUUGUUAAGACCAUUACACGUUAAACUGCUGGAAGUUACAAAGUGCAGCGAAAAGCUGUUUCAUUAUUAAUACUGAGCUGGAAAUAAAAAAAAGCAGUAAGUAUUUCUCCUGCCAUUUGAAUUGUUUGCUAGCUGAAGGUGUACAACUACAAACAUACCGUGGAUUCACCUGCGGUGGCCAUAACAAAGUCUGAAGUCGUGGGAAUCCUUAUCUGUUUUUGUUUUUUUCAAUCUUUGUAAACAAAGCAGUUUAAACAGGCUUUCUGGCGAAGGUGUGCACUGGUAAGAUGAAACCGCAUCACUCUCGCUGAAAUACUUUGAAAUUCUCACAGUAUCUGUUGAUUCAAGGUUGACCCUGAAUCUCCAGGGCCUCUCCACAGACAUUCUGCAAGAGCUUUGAGGGACUAUUUAAUUAAGGGUUAUUACAAAGCUCUGCACCCUUUCGGCUAAUUGUUGGAUCAGCGGCGCAUUGGAUUGGGGAUUUUACGUGGCAUCAAUACAGUAACAAUAUCUGCCGUAUUUAGACAUUUUAUACGUAUGAAAGACCGUUACCAGAGUUGGGUGAGAUGAUCCGUUUUUUCUAGUUAUGAAAGUGCCGUUUUGGACGUGUCAGAUGAUCAGAUGCAGGUGGUGAGCUGACAUGCGCUUUUCUUUUGUUGUCGAGUUGUGUUUCAAGGCAACAGGGUGCCAGAGAAGGCGAGGAAUCUAAUCAAGCGCACUGUGAUGACAACACUCAGAUAGGCAUCGAGAGCGGUAUUCACGAUACAGUUUACUUUUCUCCGAGCCACUGUAAGGGACUUGACCAAAAGGAGCAGUUUGCACAAUUUCCACUAGCUUGUCUGCAGCCCCCUCCCGACCCAGACAGUCUUCUGCCCCAGCAUGAAUGAAGUCAGUGUUGUGAGAGAGGGAUGGCUCCACAAGAGAGGUGAAUACAUUAAAACAUGGCGGCCUCGCUACUUCAUCUUGAAGAGCGAUGGCUCCUUCAUCGGCUACAAAGAGAAGCCCGAGGUGUCCAGUGACCACAGCCUGCCACCGCUCAACAACUUCUCCGUCGCAGAAUGCCAGCUCAUGAAGACGGAGCGCCCAAGGCCCAACACAUUUGUUAUUCGUUGCCUGCAGUGGACCUCUGUUAUUGAGCGCACCUUCCAUGUGGACAGCAACGCGGAGAGGGAGGAGUGGAUGCGAUCGAUCCAGGCGGUGGCAAACAGCCUGAAGAGUCAGCAGCACGAUGAGGAGCCCAUGGAGAUUAAAUUUGGCUCACCGAGUGACAUCAGCGGAUCCGAGGAGAUGGAGAUUGCUGUGUCCAAAUCCCGCACAAAAGUGAACAUGAGUGAUUUUGACUACCUGAAGCUGCUGGGAAAAGGGACAUUUGGUAAAGUGAUCCUGGUGAAGGAGAAGGCCACAGGGAUGUACUACGCCAUGAAAAUCCUCCGCAAAGAAGUCAUCAUUGCUAAAGAUGAGGUGGCACACACGGUUACAGAAAGCAGAGUUCUUCAAAAUACGCGACAUCCCUUUCUAACGACACUAAAAUAUGCAUUUCAAACGAACGACCGGCUAUGCUUCGUGAUGGAGUAUGCAAAUGGGGGAGAGCUCUUCUUUCACUUAUCGCGGGACAGAGUGUUCUCAGAAGACCGAGCCCGGUUCUAUGGGGCGGAGAUCGUGUCGGCGCUGGAGUACCUCCACUCACGCAAUGUAGUUUACAGGGAUUUAAAGCUGGAGAACCUCAUGUUGGACAAGGACGGCCACAUAAAGAUCACAGACUUCGGGCUGUGCAAAGAGGGGAUCACAGACGGGGCCACCAUGAAGACCUUCUGUGGAACUCCGGAGUACCUGGCGCCAGAGGUGCUGGAGGACAAUGACUACGGCCGGGCCGUGGACUGGUGGGGGCUGGGCGUAGUCAUGUAUGAGAUGAUGUGCGGCCGGUUGCCCUUCUACAACCAGGACCACGAGCGUCUCUUUGAGCUCAUUCUCAUGGAGGAGAUCCGCUUCCCCAAGAACCUGGCUCCUGAAGCCAAGGCCCUGCUGGCCGGCCUGCUCAAAAAGGACCCCAAACAAAGGCUCGGAGGCGGAGCAGACGACGCCAAAGAAGUGAUGAGCCACAAGUUCUUCACCUCCAUCAACUGGCAGGAUGUUCUUGAAAAAAAGCUCAUUCCACCCUUCAAGCCGCAGGUAACAUCGGAGACGGACACGCGUUACUUCGAUGACGAGUUCACAGCACAAACCAUCACAAUCACGCCCCCGGACAAGUAUGACAGUUUAGAUGCCGACGAUUCAGAUCAGCGCACGCACUUCCCUCAGUUCUCGUACUCUGCCAGCAUACGGGAAUGAUCACUGCGACUCUUGAACAAGCAGGCAGGCUAACGCACGACCACAAUCCCACGUACACACUUGCACUGCUGGGGAACGACACCAAACCAAAACUGGCACAAGACACAUUUUCAUUCAGUCUUUAACGCACGUGCACACACACACACACACACACACACACACACACACACACACACUCGCACUCACACAUAUAUCCUGGCUAAUCAGACAAGACGAGGCUCAUUGAGUAUGAAGUGAACACACAGGCCCUCAGCAGGUGUUUGUGUGGGUUGACUUGCAGCUUUGUGUUUGUGCGUCCUUUGGGGGGGGAGGGGCGGGCGCUUUGGGCUUCCCUGCAGGACCCUUUGCUGCACUACACUGGGACAUCACAUCAGAGCCUUGACCCUUUGAAAACCAGGUUAUGCCAGCAAAUACCACCUCGUUACCAGCUGUACCCGUGCUGCACACACACACACACACACACACCCCAACCAUGCAUAGACUGCAUAUAUAUACAUACAUGCAACGUACUUGAUAGAAUUUUAAAAAGCAUAAUCAAAAUUAGGAGAAAAAAAGAUUUGGGCAAAAAAAAGAAAUUGUUACAUUGAUUGUUACGGUUUUAAAGGUCAAGCCAUAUUUCUGCAUUUCUUUUGGGGUUUUUUUUUUAUUUUAUUUUUUUAACAAGUGCUCUUUCUGGAACUUGCUGUUACAAAUCAAGUGUGGGACUGUUCCGACAGUCUGGGAAUUGGGGGGGAGGGAGGAGGGAGGGGGGUGUUGUGCAGUGUUUGCACUGCACGUGUGUGUCUGUGCGUGUGUAAGCGAAUCAGCGAGAGGAUCUGAAUGUAUGUGUGUGUGUGUGUGUGUGUGUGUGUGUGUGUGUGUGCACACACUAGAGUGCAGCAGUAUGAACAACCAUUUUGAUUCUCAACCAUCCAUUUGUGUCACUUUUCAUGCAUGUUUUUAAACUCUGAACUAUUGCUGGAAUAUCGACAAGAAGACACUUCACAACAAACUCAAUGGCCUUUUUGUUUUUAAAGGGAACAAGCAUGUAAUUUAUGAUCGCCGUGACCAGUUGGCGCUGAAGACUCGGUCGGAAAUAGAAACUGGGAUCUCUUGCAUGGCUACGCUUUGCUUUGAAAGCUGCAUUCAUUAAUUUAAAGCGAUGCAGCAGUCGGGUUCGUAGAGUCCAGACGGACUCACCGACCAACUGGCUGCUGGUUGGAGGUGUGAGAGUAAGUUCUCAUUAAAGGCCAGUCCCUGUGCGUCGAAGAAAGAAAGAAAGAAAGGAAGGAAGGAAGGAGGCUGUGUACACUCUUCACACCGAGCAAUGUAGACGCACACAGCCACUCGCUGUCCUCUAUCCAGUAAUUCUCACUUUUUAGCUGAAGGGAAUUAGGCACCAAUUUUUUUUGUUCAGUUUCUGUUUGUAAUAUCAAUGUAAGUUUUAAAGAUAUUUUUGUUCUUUUUUUUUUUUUUUUAAUGGUCCCAUAUUUAAAGAAUGAGAGUUAAAUUGUUAAGUUUCAGGACGGUGGACUUUUAACACUUCCAAUGAUUCCACGUGUGAUGUUUAGGACCUUUUUGUUUGUGUUUCCUGUAAUGCUGUGUUGAGUCACUUCAAUCUGCGUAGUUGUAUAUCUGGAGCAACAACCUGCAGGUUGACAAUCCAAUUAAAUGCUGGUCGACCAACCUCCAACCCAGUGGGCGGGCGGGCGGGGGGGGGGGAACCCCAAUCAAAACAUCGGCCCGACGCUUCGUUGAGUUGAAAUGGGAAUCUGCAUACUGUGAGUCGUGACGGCACAUGAGACCACAGAUGCUUGCUCAUAUGAAUGCAAGCAUUUUCUGUUCCACGUCGCUGGAAGAGCCGUUGGUUUCUGUGUGAGCAUCCAUAAAGAAACAUCAUGAUCUCUUUUCGUUUGUCUUUGUUUUCAUUCGUUGAUUUUGAUCCUUUUUUUUUUUUGCUUGUCCAUCUAUUUCUCAAAUUCUGGAAGACACAUCGUCUUGUUUAAGUACACAUUAUAUUAAAAAAAUUAUAUAUUAAAAGUUUUUAAACUUUCUUUUGUUAUGUUCUUCAUUUCAAGGGGUUUCCAUUGGACGAAUGCUCAUUCAGCUUAAAGUAUUAUUAGGAGUAGGUCAUAAUAAUUUGAUCGUUGUUGGAUCACGACUACAGUUUAAAGAACCCAUCUAAACGUUUUGCUCCUUUUUUGAAAAAAUGUUUUAACAAACUAGAUCAGACCUGUCCUUUAAUGUACACGGCACCGUGGAGAAUAAUGAUAUGAAUAAUAAAGUGGUCGUCUAUUCUCUUCAGAGCUCUUAGGCCCCGGGUUCUGUCAGCAUUCUUCAGGAGACCCCUCAUGUCCCACAUUCUUGUUUUUGUUCAGUGUGUGUGAGCGACUGGGAGGUUUUUGAGUGAAAGCGGCGACGAGCAGCAGCAGCAGCAGGUUUUGUGGACUCUUUGUCGUUGGGCAGCAGGUGGCUUCCAGCUCCUGCAGACGACGACGACGACGACGAUGAUGAUGAUGAUGGUGAUGAUGCAAUCAAAUGGCUUCGAUUUGCAGUUCACAACUCCAGCACCUCUUCUCGCCGGCUCAGGCAUCGCCGUCACGCUCUGGCCUCGCGUCCUGCUUCAGGGGUCAAAGACGGCAGGAUCGGACAUCAGAACCACCGCACUGGUGGACUCCACUGUGGAUUUGCCUUCAUUGCUAUCACGGGGGGGGGGGGGGGGGGGGUGCUGCUGAACUUAUUGAAAAUGUUGGUUGUGAAGCCAUACUCUGUACCUCACUGCUGGCCACGCUUUAAGCAACGCUUCACAGCUGAAAACAUGCAAGUGAAUACCCCUGACCUCCUGUAGGCAAACACAGGCACAACAAGUGCCUCCUCAAUAUUGUGUAAAUACCAACAAAAAAAAGGAAAUCGCUUGAUGAAUGCAGCAUUCGUAGAGCGGGGGAGGACUGCAGCUUUGUAGUAUUGAUUUGCAGCUUUACAAUGGUUACCUUGCUUCUCUGUGUAUUUGAAUGUGAUCAACAGUCACGAAUGUCACACCUGAUGCAGAUGUAACUAGAUUUCUUUUGUUAUUUUUUGUUGCUUGUUGCUUUUAGUAGAGGGGGGGG